CUUCCCGUCUUUUCGCAGAAGGUGCAGGUGCUGCCGCAAACCGUCCUCUACAUCGCCGACGCAGAAACAUUCAGUGGGCAUGAGGAGUGUCACGAGCAGAAGAAAGCCAGGAAAAGAAACAGUAAAGAAACAGCAAUUGCGCUCGAAAAAUUGUUGCCGAAGCGGUGUCAGGUUCUUGGGCUGGUCACCCCGGGGAUUGUAGUUACCCCUAUGGGUUCAAGCAGCAAUCAACCUCAAGAAAUCGAAGAGGGCGAAGCUGGGUUUGCUUUGUUGUUUCCCAAAAUCGAUGGGGUGAAAAUUCAUACCUUCCACUUUUCAAAAGACUUGAAGAACAGGGUCUUUGACGAAAGUAAAUUUGCUGAAGCAGGUCUGAAAAAUAACCCAGAUCUCCGGGUGGUUCUUCUGUUUGGCUACAACUCCUGGAAGUCUGGAGCAACUCGAUUUCUUCAUCAAAUAGUCAAUCCUUUGAAUGAGAAAAGUAUCAUCCUGGCUGGGGGACAAGUGGAGAGCUUUACAUCGCUGACCUCUGAGAAUAACAACGCCCAGCCCGGCGAUGCCUGCGGUGUGGUUGGGCUGGCUUUCAGCGGUCCCCAGAUCCAGAGCGCCACUGUUCUGUUAGACCAGGACGUAGCUGACGAGAGGACAGCAGAAGCCGCCAUGCAGCGUCUCAAAGCAGCAAACAUCCCCGAGCAUAACACCAUUGGCUUCAUGUUUGCCUGUGUGGGCAGAGGAUAUCGGCAUUAUAAAACCAAAAGGAAUAUGGAGGCAGAUGCAUUCAGGAAGUUUUUUCCAAAUGUUCCCCUUUUUGGCUUUUUUGGACAUGGAGAAAUAGGAUGUGAUCGAAUAGUUACUGGGAAUUUCGUAUUAAGGGAAUGUAACGACAUCAAGGAUGACCUACUUCAUGGUUAUACUACCGUUAUGACUCUUAUUCAUCUUGGUUCAACUAAAGCAAACCAAGCGUAAAUAUGUUUUUAAUGCCUCGGUGAGCUGUUUGUUUCAUUCCAGAAAGCUGAGAAGUCUGAAAGAGUGGACAUCUUGCAAACACAGCCCCUUUCAAAACGUAAACGUCAUUUUGGUAAUAUUAUUAAAUCUUGUAGUUGGAAUAGAGUUUAAUAUAAUAGCUGCAAGCAAGCUUUGCAUUUUGUGUAAUCCCCUGUACACAUCAGAAUUGCAGGUAAAUGGUAUUUGAUGGAAUUCUGCAAUUGAAGAAAGCCUCUUUCUUCCAAAAUGAGGAUGGUUUGCACAAAUGGCAGUUGGAGUCCAAAUACAAACAUGUAGAAAGAAACAGUACUUUGAUGUGCUCUAUUUAUGUAUGUAAAACGGUCUAGAGAAACUACUGAUGCAUACUGAAAUAGAGAGGCAUAAAAUCCACCAUUGCCUGGAUUUUAUUUCAAGGGAGAUGCACAACCUGCCUGGACUUGAGUCCUAUUUACAGAACUGAACGGUUUUACUAGAUACAGUGAAUUAAAAUCUUUAGAGAAAAAUAACAAAGUGCUUAUUAAAUAAAGAUGAAAAUACAUCAAAGUACCUUGCCUUCUAUUCUUAAGAGAAGCAGCUCUGAUUUAAAGAGGUGUUGUCCAGUUAUAAGCUCAGCUUGUCUCACUGUCUUGAACUGAGUUUCAAUUGUCUUAAAUAUCUGGUUUAGAAUAAUACCUGAUACUUUGUGUGUGCCGGCACUUUCAGUCGUUGUGUAUUUAAGUUUACACCAUCAAAAUGCACUGGGUGCUUUUUCUUUUAGAUUCUCUGGUAGCAUGAUUCUCUCUAUUGGAAACCUUUAAAUCGAGAGUGCUAAAAAUUAAGACUGCCUGGUAUCUUUUAACUUCCUUUAAAAAGUUCUUUGCUUUGUAAUUUGAAAUUGUGGGGCAUGGAAGAUCUGGCUAUGUUCUGUUUAUGUAGAGCUGUUAAACAAGACUUGUGCUUUUCCAUGUUUUUCCCAUGCUUUUACGUUAGUCACCUGUUCGAUUGCUGCAGCUGAAAGCUGCCUCAGUAUUGCAAAGUUCAAGUAAGUAAAUUGAGCAUAGUCUCAGUACAGCUAUUAAUGCAUUUGCUCCCUUUUAAAUUUUUUUCCUUCAUUUUAUUUUCACUUAAUGAUAGAAUGACAAGAAAAGAAGAUAAAUUUUGCACCGUUUCACCACACUUCCAAAUGCCAAAUGAGGCAGUUGGCCUGUGUUCAGUGUAGUAAAAAGGAAAUACUUAGCUCUAUGCUGUACAACAAAAUAACGGUAUUUUGCUUUAAAUGUGCCAGGUAAGCCCACAGCUGGCAACUUUUUGCCCAUGUCUAGUUAAAACUUUUCCUGAACUUGGCCUAACGAGCUAAGGUAUGGGCAUGUCUGUCCUGUGAGUGAACUGUUGGUUUCAGUGGGUGCUGAGCACAGGCUGCGCUUUCCCAUGGCUGUGUUGAUGAUCGUUUGUUUAACUAGAAGACAGAGGAUGAGGUGUGAACUCCCAGUGGCCUUCUAGGGAUGGGAGAUUAGUAAGUGUAGGUGUGACUUGGGAAAUGUUCAGUUACUGCAUUUACAAGGAAAGGUAUUUGGAAAUGGAGUACGCUUGAAUUUUAGGAGAAGCCUCUCAGUGGGAGGUGGAUACGUGUUUUCUCUUUUCAGCAUAACCGUAAAGUCGUGUUUGGCCCUUUCUGUCUGCGUAAGCUACAUAUUUAAUAGGAGGCAAAGAAAAGGUUUCAUUUCUGUAACACAGGCAGGAUUCCUGUAGCUUGAGUUAGGGCAAGUCAGCAUCCUCGCUAGUGUAAGCCCGUGAACUUUAGCUUCUUGCUGUAGUGGAAGUAGAUGAAGUACGAUCAGCCACGUGUCCUGAACUACAGCACAGACACGUCCAGGAACGUCUGAAGCAGCAGAUGGUGAGCUCCAACAAUGGCGCAGCCAAACGGGAAAUGAGGGCGUGGUUUGAAGGGGCUGGCCGCCAGCAAGGUCCUGUAGCUGCGGACACAUAAGAGGUAACCGUAGUACUGAAAGGGAGCCCCAGGAGCCUGCACCGGAGUCCGGGAUCAUGUCUCCAACCUCAGGGAGUGGGGGUGAGCCCAGGGGACCCCAGAACUGUGCACUGCGUGGCUGGAACCGCUGCGCUGUCUCUCCUGGAGCGCGUCAUGUCUUCCAAGUGACAGGGGAGUGGUGUAACUGGUAACAUUGCAACAUCUGUGAUUAAAGCGUUUUGCUGUCCGACUUCAUUUUGCCUCCAGACUGUUGUUUGCUCAACCAUGACAACUCCCCAAGUGAAACCAAAAUAUAUUUGCUUAAAAGGUGCACGUACCAAAAGGCACUGUAAUAAUUUA